AUGUUUCAAUUAUUGGCAAUCAAUAAUGAUUCUGAUUUAACCACUUCAUACUAAUUUUACACUGAUUUUAAUAACAUUUUAGGUUCAAAUAAAUUAGUGGUUUUAUCUAAGGAUAAAGCUUUGUCUCCCUUACAUUUAAACAUACAAUUAAUUACUAUGAAAGAGAUCAUUAUGUUGCAAGUUAUUAAGUUAAGUUUGUUGAUUUAAUUGAUAGAUGUUAGGACCUAUACAAUUACAUCAAUAUAAUAUUGA